UUGGGAACUAUUAGUCUCCUUCUCACCCUUCUGAACAUUGUGGCAAUAUUCCUGGUGGGCCUACUAGUUUUAAAAAUAAAGGAGGUCGCCCCACACACAUCACCCUCAUCCACUGAAUAUUUUUUUCGCAAUGAUCUUAAGGUUGCCAGGGGAGUCUUACCAAACCACUAAAGGCAAGGAGUCAGUGACCCUUGCUAAGAAGUUCCUUGAAGAAUAUAAGAAGGUCAAGAUGGAGGGCAUACCAGAGGAGGAUCUGGAAGAGGAGGAACAAGUGAAUACACUGGACUUUAAGAAAGUGCUUGAGGAAGUGGAAAACACGCCUGAAGUGAAGAAAGUGGUUGGGUUAAUAGCUGCACCUGGGUCACCAAUGCCAUUUUCGUCACACCUGAAAGAGACAUUUUCUGCUGCCGAGUUAAGAAUAGGCAGAAAUGAAGAGGAAUACUACAAAACCCUGACUAAGCCCCCGGAGGAAGCUGAUCCAUGUGCACGAGUUUAUAGAACAUUUCACGCAUGUGAAAUGCCAUUAAAGCUGAAGUCCAAACAGCCACUAACUCCUCAGCCUAUGACACAGAAACCGUUUCUAAACGGAAAACAACUUCGUAAACGUCACACUGAGCUGUGUAUUGUUAAUUCACGCCCAAUGUCAACAAACAAAUCAAGAUAUAAGAAGCAUCAGAGACCACUGUUGAAACUGAAAAUACCUGAGCAGACGGCUGAAUUCUCAAAAGUUGACACUGAAAAGUCUCGUUUUGAGGUAAAGAUUAUUAAUGAGGGACAGCCAACGAGAUCUGAUAGCCCAGUUUAUGAUCCUCAGUACACACCCACCGAUGAGAUCAAUCCAUUGAUAACAUAAUUUUACUUUGAGUUGAAUUUGGUUCAUUGUUAAAAAAUCAGCUCCUAUUUACUAAUCACCUCCUUGUAAAUGAGAAUGCUGUGAGGUAUUUCUGAAUUUGAUUCUGCACGGUUUUUACUUGACAAAGUUCAAGGUCAUCGUCUGAAGAAAAGGCUGCUGAUAUCACAUCUCAAGAAGGACAACGCACAGUUGCAAUAUAUUUUGAAGAAAGGCUGUGCCUGGAGGUCUCAGGGAUAUCAUCACUUUUAUUUCAUCAGCAGCCAUGGGAAAUUUAUUUCACAAAAGUUCAAGGCCAUGGACUGAAAAAAAGGUUUACAUGACAGCUCAAGAAAGAUAUGUAUGACCAGAGACCAUAUAAUAUUACAUGGUCUCUGGUACGACUA